CCGACUCCUCUAUAAACCCCUGCGUGGUGUGCAUAUACGGCACUCUUGCAGUGUUAAUUGAUUUGUCGAUCUCCCAACUGAUGGCUCACUCCCACACCUUCUUCUUCCUGCUCGUCACCGCCGCUGCCGUCGGCAUGCGUGGCGCUAGCGCCGGGCUCGUUCCAGCUGUGCCUAUCGGCAAGCGGUACAUCGUCGGCGGUGCGGACGGCUGGGUUGUGCCGCCGCCGCAGAACAAAGACAUGUACAUCAAGUGGGCUGACAGCAUCCAGUUCUUCGUUGAGGACUCCAUUGAAUUCAUGUACAAGAACGACUCGGUCGGCAAGGUGAACAAGUACGCGUACUACCACUGCAACUGGACGGCUUCGGCUACGACGCCCGCCAACAAGGACGGCAGCGCACUCUUCCUCCUCGACGCCCCCGGAUUCGCCUACUUCGCCAGCACCGACGCCAGGCACUGCAAGAGGGGACAGCGCCUCAUGCUCAACGUCAAGGCCAGGCCUUCGUCGGCGCCGGCGCCGUCCCCGGAUGCGUCAGCAGAUGCGCCAUCUCCUCCCGUCGCUCGGCCGCCGUCGUCUGCGCCGGGGGCGCCGGCGCCCGGAGAACCGGUAAUGGUGGACGACAGCGCCGCCGCUCUAGCCUCCUCGUCUGGUCGCGGCUUAGUGCUGUGGGUGUGUCUCGCGGUUCUAGCCUUGGCGGGGUUGAUUCGAGCAUGAUACAUGCUCGACGAGGCGUGGCAUCGCGCGUACGUAGCCUUGUUCACAGUUUUAGCGUGGUUGAUUUCGUAGAUCCGGAUGGUAGACAGGGAGUGUGUGCUUGAGUUUCUUAUUGACAAACUCAAUAAUUUUGUUGUCGACAGUUAGUUUUUGCGGCAGAAUGAAAGAAACUUGAUCCGCCAUUUCAUGCAUGCA